AUGUCUAUUGAUAAUGAAACGUAUGGUACAAAUAAUCGAAAAUUACUCAUUAUAUUAAAACCAGAUGAUAAUAAUUUGAUAACUGCCGAUUAUAAACGUUAUAAACAAUUGAAAACAUUCAAAUAUCAAGAUGCUCGUUAUUUAACUAGAACAACAAUAAAACAACAACAACAAUUUGUUUUUAUUCUUAAUUAUUAUCCGUCCAUUACAAGAAAACUACCAAAACAAAAAUGUAUGCAUUAUAUUCAAAGGGUAUUCUAUUAUUUAUUGACGCUAUUAUUAUUAAGUAAUAAUAUUCAAUGGCCUAUUGUAUUUUUAUCUCUAUCAUCAAUUAAAUUCAUGUCUACGUAUGCUAUUGUAACUACCACAACUACAACAACACUAAAACGAACAACAACAAUCAAUGACCAAUGUCUUCCACUUGAUAAUAGAAAUAUUCAAAGUCUCUGUUCAAGAACGUGUACGACAUCAACCUCACCACUAUCUUAUCUUCUUCAAGAAGAUAAUGAUGUUGAAGAUAAUACUAAAAUGUUGUUAUCGAAUUAUUAUUUACCAUUUUGUAAAAAUUAUACGUUAAUACAAAUGUUAGAUGAAAAAGAAUCGAUUUCAAUACUGAAUACAUCAAAAAGCAACGAAAAACAAUGUAAAUCGAUAAUAGAAAAAAUAAUUAAACUUGAUAAUGAAGCAAAAGAAGCAACAGAUACUUUCAACAGUUACAUGAAAGCAAUUGAUUGUGAUUCUAAUGAUAAUAGAUUUUCAAUUAAUGCUGACUGUGAUAAUUGUAAACAAGCUUACGAACAAUGGGCUUGCUCGAUAUCUAUUCCAUUUUUUUAUCGUGGAAAUCGUAUACUGCCUUGUCAAAAGAUCUGUGAUGAAGUUGAAAGAGUUUGUCCAACAUUUCGGCCAUCCGACCGAGAGCCUCUUUUUGCUGGUCAACCGAUAUUUGUAUGCAGUGGCGGAUUGAUCCCUAAUAAUGACUAUGGUCAAAUACCUUAUUGUUAUGAUACGUGUCAUUUAGUUGGCUCACAAAAAAGUCAUUCCUCCUCACAAUCAUCAUCGUCUUCAUCAUCAAACGAUUCAACAUCGUCUACUUCAUCACUAUCGACUAGUAGUACUUGUUUCGAAAUUAAGCUAACUGAUCAACAGUUGACUAAUAUCACAGCCACCACACAAUCUCAAUUUUAUUCUUUAUUAAAUAAUGAAACGAAUAUAUUUUCCAAUUAUUCAUCGUCGGCAUCGUCAUACCGUUUAAUAAAUAAUAUUCACAACACGUUGUUAUAUUUUGUUAUUACUAUUAUGUUAUUAUUGUCUAUUAUUUCCAAAUGA